UUUUUGUCACUAAUGGAAUUGCUGGAUUUGGCUAAAGUAUUGGAUGGUUAACCAUUGCGAUUCGACGAAGCGCGACUUUCGAUUAAUCUCUACUUUAGCUCCAAUGUCAAUUUACGUCUGUUCAUUAUGUUAUAACAACUGACGUCUGUGUUGACUAUGGCAAUAUUGGAGCAAGUCGCGCCAGAUGGGAAACAUCCAGACCCCAGUAAUGGAGGCUAAUGUCAGGUUGAUUAGCAAGUCUGCCUUUGCUGUCUUCGUAUGUCUUAAUUGGGGUGUAUCGAUUCAAUAAGUAAGCUAUUGAGGUGACACAAAAGAGGGGUUUUAUAAGUAUCUGCGACGGUACUGACUCUAAUUUGGACGUUUUGUGGGAGCUAAAUAAGUGAAGUUUAGCUGAUCGCUAGCCACUGGGCCAUUCCUAGCAAAUGUUCAGGUUAGCGAAGUUGGUGCUGAAUGUUAGCUAGCCAGCUAGGAUUAAUUGAUGUGCUUUCUCUGCCACUUAGACGUUGUAGAGAUGUAAUGCCAAAUUGACAUUUUCACAGAUGCAUGGGUUACAUCUCUGCCCAUUACAGCCUGAGAAUUGUCAUGCAAUAAUUGCGGACAUAAUUGGUUCAAGGAAUGUGAGAGGUGGGAUUUGCCCUUGCCCCCCCGGUGUCAUUCAGUCAGACAAGCACCUGCAAAGAGGCACGUCAGGAUUAGCGCCCAUUGACAACAGGAUUUCGUCCAUCUGAAUAAGAGUAGGAAAUAACCAGACUCCCGGCUAAUCUUCAGUAUAGAGGCGACUGGUUUGCACAAGGGGCAGUUCGUUACGCAAACUAGGGGGUCGACAAAGAACAGGAACCCCCCAACUCCCUUGCCAACGCAGCAACGACAAGGACAAAAAAAGAUGUCCUUCAUGUCAACUAGGUGAUUCCCAGCCGCCGGUGACCUGUUAAGUUUUCCCGCGAGCGUAAAGGGCCCCGAUGGGAUGCGAUGCCGUUUUAAAAUGGUCCGGGCCGUGGGAGCGUGGCCAGGGGUCGGUGACUGGCCGGGUCGGCGAGGGAGACCCGUAUGCACUCGGACGCCACUCAGCACGGAGUUCUGAGGAAGAGGAGGAGGAUAUUCACGACUGGAAUGCCUAACAACACACCUUUUUUGUUUUUGCACUACCUCUUGUUGUGUCUCAAUGCCGGCUGGUCUGAGCAUGGGUGGGGCCCUCGGAGCCCCUACCUCCCCGUCCCGUCCGUUCCGACCCAGUCGCUACGUGCCCGUGUCUGCGGCGACCGCGUUUUUGGUGGGCUCAACAACUCUAUUUCUGUGUUUCACGUGUCCUUGGUUGUCUGAGGGUUACUCGUCUGCUAUCCCUCUUUACAAUGCGCUGCUCUUCCUCUUCACCCUCUCCAACUUCUAUAUGGCCACAUUCAUGGACCCUGGCGUCUUCCCCAGAGCGGAGGAGGAUGAAGACAAGGAGGAUGACUUCCGUGCGCCGCUCUACAAGACGGUGGACGUGCGCGGCAUCCAGGUGCGCAUGAAGUGGUGCUCCACCUGCCGCUUCUACCGGCCCCCUCGCUGCUCCCACUGCUCCGUCUGUGACAACUGUGUCGAGGACUUUGACCAUCAUUGCCCCUGGGUUAACAACUGCAUCGGGAGGCGGAACUACCGUUACUUCUUCCUGUUUCUGCUGUCUCUCACCGUUCACAUCAUGGGCGUGUUUGGAUUCAGCCUGCUGUACAUCCUGCAUCACACACAUCAGCUGGACACGCUGCAUUCAGCCAUCUCUAUAGCAGUCAUGUGUGUGGCUGGUCUCUUCUUUGUUCCUGUCGCCGGGCUCACAGGAUUUCACAUUGUUCUGGUAGCACGUGGACGAACUACCAAUGAACAGGUGACUGGGAAGUUUAAGGGAGGAGUGAAUCCCUUCAGCAAAGGCUGUCUGAGAAACGUGUCUCAUGUGCUGUGCAGUUCCCAAGCUCCCAGGUACAUGGGUCGCUCGCGGAAGUCUGUUUCUCUCCAAAUCCAGCCGCCGUUUCUACGACCGUCGCCUCAGGAUGAGACCGAUAAAGCGCUGGAUAACGGCAUCCAUAACUCCAAAAGCAGUCUGGAGCUGCUUGAGAGUCAGUCUACGGAUGCGGAGCCACCCCCUCCUCCACCGCCAGACCUCCACUACACGGGACUGUCCCUCACACACACAGAGGAGAGCACCUUGUUGAACAAAGCCCCACCCACACCUUCCAUGAACAAGUACCGGCCGGUGAGGGGCAGCCCGGCGAGGAACCACACCACCACAGGCCACAAGAUGAGUCGUGGGGACGGCUGUGUGUCUGACCCCAGUCUUACGACCCGGGUGGGGGUGGGCAUGGGGAUGGGCGUGGGGGCGGGGGGACGUGCGCUGGGGGUUGGGGCGGGCAGCGCAGGCCCGGGGGGGCUGGGCGGGGCUUCCACUCUGGGCGGGCGCUCCUACCCGUCGUCCUUCACGGACACGCUGCUGCAGUCGGCGGGCGCGUCCCGCUCCUCCAGCAUGCGUUCGGCCUACACCACCCACAACGUGCUGGGCCCGCUGCUCUCAGAGGGCACCACCACCUCCACCAGCUAUAAGAGCCUGGCCAACCAGACGCGCAACGGCAGCCUGUCCUACGACAGCCUGCUCACGCCGUCCGAGAGCCCCGAGUUUGAGUCGGCCGCUCCCGAGCUCUCCCCUCCCAAGCCCCAUCCUCCGCCAGGUGUGCUCAGCCAGACCUCGGCACCCCGCGAGCCCCAGGAGCCACCGCCCAUGCUGGGAUACUCCUCCCCCUUCCUGUCCGCUCAGCAGCGGGAAGGCUCUCUCCACCGGGCCUGCCCCGCCCGCCUCAGCUGCUCGUCCCGCCGCUCGUUGCUCCGGGCCUCCAGCCCUCCGCCCUCGUCCCCCGAGGCCCUGGCCUCCUUCCCCCCAGCCCCGCAGCCUUCUUCGUCCCACUCUCCUCGCGCUCGCUCCCUCGGCUCUCCUCCGCCAGGCUCUGGCCUGCCGUCUGCGCUAGGCAAAUCGCUAUCGUACACGGCUGGAGCAGCCGCAGGCCAGCGCCACCCUCCGCUGACAGCGGUGGCGGGAGGGGCACAAGUGGCAAAGGGACGAAGUGAACAGCUUGACUGGCAUCGGGGGAGCAACCUUUGAGAUAUCGGUGUAGCGGCGUCUCGCUGGUCGAGCGGGACCGGCGACCAUACAACGCGGUUUAUGACGCCCACUCAUCUUACGAACGCUUCCCACUGGAGACGCCCUGCUGAACUGAUACAAAUGCUUGUGAAGAACACAAGCAGGGACAACAGGCGAGCAAAGACUCCCAUGCUGCUGGGGGUUGGAGAUAAACUCCCAAAGUCAUGGUCAUAAAAGCGGAUUUCCCCCACAGCCAGUAGACGAUUUAACUUCUCCUGUGGUGUAUAGUUAUGAAUUGAAACUUUUUUUGGGUCCACAAUGGGGCUGAGUGGUGGGAGGCUGAUGAUAAAUGAUAAUGAUAACCACCAGGCCAUGUGGACUAGCAUAUGGAAUCACAGGAGGACAACAUGGCUGGAUGUAUUCACUCACUGGACCUCUUGUUGGCACAGGUCCGUCUCUCUCAUAAGCCUCGACACACAGUUCAAGGUACUGAACACUGAAUGGCUGUUGAUGUUUAUGGCCUCUGGGCUCCUUUAAAUUGUUGUUUUUAGAUUGUUUUAUUAAUAUUAUUUUGUUUGUUUGCUUUUUUGCUUUACCUUAUUUUUUUUGUUUUUGUCUUCAAAUGUUCUUUUUAUACAAAUAUUACAAAUAUAUAUAUCUAUCUAAAGAGUUACUUACUGUAUGUGUGGCAGUUGAAUCAGGAAAGGUAGUAAAUGGUUAAGAGUGCAAUUGUGUUUUUUCCAUAUUGUUUGAUGGAUGGCUGUAUCAGCCUCUUGCGUGUGCACCCUGUCUAACUAACAUCUCAGCCAAAGAGUUAGGUCUGAUCAGGGAUCUGGAUUUUGACGGACAGCACAUGAGGUCAAUGGGACUGAUAACUAUCCAUGGCUCCACAGCACAAAAAAAGAGCUUGUCAGAAUGUAUCUUAAUGUGUUGUCAUGGAGAUUUUAUGCAAAAUGUCCCACUGAGAGAAUUUGGAAGAAGUGUUUGCACCUGUUGUCUUAUUUCAAAAUUAAGAACAAUUGCGUUGCUCUCAAUGACAUCAGCAGUGUGGUUGAGUGAGGACUGUGUACACUACUCAUUCGUUGGCCCUAAAUGUUUGAAGGUGUCUCAUCCAUAUAUCCAAAAUGCCUGUAAAUAACACUAGUUUAUGGAGAAGGGCUUUUUUGGAAUAUUGCCACUCUCUUGUAACAGCAUCAGGAUUUGCUCCAGGAGUUAUGCAUGAUGAUAGGUGGCUGUGUUGCCUUCGGUGUGCUUUUCUCAUAAAUUCAACGUUUGAUUUUAUCUAAUUGAUAAAAAAUGGGAAAAGUCUAUUCAAAGUUUCAAGCUAUUUUACAAGAUCUAUUUUGAGAACAAAUAAUGCAAAAUGUGGUGCAUGCUUGGCAUUUCAGGGGUUAAUAUUCUGUGCGUUGUCCUAAAUGAGUUAAAUGCCCCUGUCCUGUCUCUCUCUGAUUAAUCACCAGUGUAGUCCCCAGCCUCUGCAUCCCACUGUUAUUAUCUGGGGUUUUCCAGAAAUCAGGUUAGUCUCUUACCUUGGUAGGUUAAAGGUGCACUGUGUAGGAUUGUGGCCUGAGAAGGCAUUGCAGCUAUGCUGCUAAUUUAAACUCUGCUUGUCUAUUGCCAAAUUUGAUCUUUUCAUAUAUAUUUACCAAGUAAUAAACUAAUAUUUACUAGUAUGACCAAAGUACAGUAAGUUUUGCAGCUAAAAAUGUCUAUUUCUGGAAAUUCAAAAUGGCAGACAUGGAGAAGAUCCACCUUUUCAUGUAUGAAAAGUGCAAUUUUCCCAUUCAUCACAUUGAAUACUUAAAAUUUGACGGUGGUGGUAAAUAUUCUUGAAAAGGGUAACAUUUGUGAAUGGCGACAUGAAUUCUGGAAAUAAACUACUGAACAUAUUAUACAGUGCACCUUUUAAAUCUGAGCAAGUGAUAACUCUUGUAAUGGAAGAUGCCUUAGUGUUUAUUAUUGAAUAAAAGCAAAAAACUAAGAGUCUCUUCUAUUAGAAGGUUCACAACACUCGGGGUUAACCUAUCUGGGUUAGGAACUAAAGCACCGUUUCGCAAUAUGCCCAUGAGUCUGAGUGGGUGUGUGAACAUGCUGGUGGUACUGUUGUGGUAUGUGAGGGAAGACACUCAUUUGCUUUGCCUUGUUCAUUUCAGAGAAUCUUGAAAGGAUAAAAAGAAAUGGAGCUUAAAGAUGCACUGUUGGAUGACAGCCAGAGUAGGUAUUGCAACUAUGCUGCUCAUUGAAUCUGCUGCCUAUUGCCAAAUUUGAUCUUUUCAUUAUUAUUUUACUAAAUAAUAAACUAAUAUUUACUAGUAUGACUAAAAGUACAGCAAGUUUUGAAGCUAAAAUUACUUUCUGGAAAUUGGAAAUGGUCAGCAUGGAGAAUAUCCACCUUAUCAUAUAUGAAAAGUGCUAUUUUCCCAGUCAUAAUGAAUACUUAGAAUGUCAAUGGUGGUGGUAAGUAUUUAUGAAAAAGGAGACUUGUCAAUGGGCAGCAUUGAUUCUGGAAAUAAUAUUACACAGUGCACCUUUAAUGGGGACCAGCCCAUCAGCCACAUACAUGCCAUGCCACACCCCCAUCCACAUCCUCCGUUGGGGAACUAUUGCAGUAGAGGGGAAGAUACCGCACACUCUUGUCCAUCCAAUGCUGAAUUUUAUUUAAGUUUAAAAACUUGAGAAAGGCCACACUUGCCGAAACGUUGUUUGUUUAAUCAAAUUCAGCAUUGUAUGAACAAGAGUGUGCAGUAUCUUCCCCUCUGAAGUGAACAAGUACUUGCUACCUGCACCUCAAAACUUCUGGUGUGCGUUGGCUUUCUCCUUCAAAAACUAUUGCAGUAGUGUCACAGAAACCCCUGGCUUGUCCAGCCUCUCCUGUUCUGCCAGUGUCAAUUGUGAUGGAUCACCUCUCGUCUCAGAGGCAAACCUUUGGUGGCGUUGCCUAAUCAAAGCCAUGAUUUUAUUCUUCCUUGCUGUAAGGAAUUGUCAUGAGAGCCAUGUUGGGUUGGCUGACCGGACAGGAAAUCAAAAAUGAGUAGGCAUAGAAUGUUGCUGUAGGUUAUAUGAUGUUGCUGUGCACUUUUUCGAUGUAUUUUUUUAUUGCUGUAUCAUCAUAGGAUUAAUGCUUUGUUUUAAUGUUUUUUGUCUCAACGGCCUUUUAAGUGGUUCUUUUGUAGUAUAGUGCAGUGGUGUGAUCUGACACUGUCCAUGUCUGUGAGUUUGAACUGAUGGGAUGGGGUGAGUGUUGUACACUUGAGGUGGCUUCUCCCUGCCCCCCUAAAUUUGUUUCAUCUUGAUUUUCUUCGCGCGACCCUGUUACAGUUGAUGCAAGCAUGAGGUUGAUGCACAUGGCGGACAUUAUGUCCACAUUGUGUGGUACGCGGAUAUAUAUAAAAAGGGUUCUGUUUUGCACAGUGUGUGUGUGCAAGUCUGUGUUUGUCUGUGUUUGCCUGUGUGGCUUUUUGGGCAAUGCAAUCAGAAUGUUUACUGAGGAGCCUGCAGAACCAUUUUGGGUGGAAUGUGCGACACCUUUUGUGUAGGUCGUAAAUGUUGACACAGUUGUCAUUUCCAAGUCGACAUGCUUUGCAGAGGCUUUCAUCCUUUGCAAACUCAGCUUUUUAAAUUUUAUUUUGAGUUCAUUAUGUGUUGAUCAAGUUAAGUGACAGAUCUUUUUAGCUAUGGUUUGACUGGCUCAGAAAGUAUGAGAUAUUUAAACUUCAGAAAAUCUUAACAAAGAUCAACAUGGUUUUUAAAACUGUACCUUUUUAAAAUCACAGUAGCUUAAUACCACCUCCAUUCUGGCCUUAUAAUGCCUUAUAAGUGUUCUUUGGGCUGUGAACAAAUAUUAGAGAGUUUGAAUACUAUUGGCAAGGUGUUAUAACAGACCAAUGCACUUUUUUGAUGUUAUGAACAGAGGAAUACUAUUUAAAAAAAAACAUACAAAAAAACAUUCCAUGUAAUCAUCCAGACCGUUGUGACCAUGUGUGAGUGAGAAUGGCCAUGUGUGUGUGUGAGCGAGAAAUACAUUUUUUUAUUUGAUGAUAGGUUUGUUUUAAUAACAUAAUUAUGCUGUAAUGAUCACUGGUCUGGUUUAAAUUGUCGCGGAUGCACAUCAUGGACUUAGAGGCUUUUGGAUAAAGAGACUCCACACCCCCAUCCCUCCUCAACUUUUUUUGUCCCUUUACUGACCUUGAAGGUUUUUUUCCCAUGAGGCAACAAAGAAAUAAAGACUACGACAUAUUCUUGA